AUGGAUCCAGAGAAGUUGCGCAAGGCGCAACAGGCGUCCCGAGAUGCUUAUCUCCGCAAGCAGGCACUCAAGCGGGAGAAGGCCGCUUCCGCGGUGUUGCAGGAGAAAAUAUCAGAGAUCGAGGCGGGGGUUCUGCCGCACUCUCUUACGGAGAUUGAGCUGCUGAGUAAGCGCGCCCGGGAGGUACAGGCGGCUGGCCAGCUGCAGCAGACAGCUGAGCUACGACAGGGAAUUCUAGAGGAGGAUGCUGUACUAGCCUCACAUGCCUUGAAGCGCGACAGGGAUGCGGUGCUGCCGCCACUCAAUCAGGCUGAAUUGCAGCCACAAAACGGUUCCGUGGGCCACCACGGGGAGUCUCACAAGUUUGUGGCGAUGGACGAGUCCGUCGUCGAUGCUCGUAUCAGGAACCGUGAUUUUGUCGAAGAAAAGACGGAGGAACAGAUUCAGCAAGAGCGUACUGAGGCGCUACAAGAUAGGCAUCACCGGCUCCAAGAACAGCGACGAACUUUGCCUAUAUAUCACGCACGUGACGAAAUUAUUGAGCUAAUUCGCAAGAACUCUGUGCUGAUCAUUGUGGGAGAAACAGGGUCGGGUAAGACCACGCAGCUGCUGCAAUACCUAUAUGAAGAAAAUUUUUGCGACACCCUUUCGUGUCCAACUGAAAGAAAUGGCGAUGUUGGGAAAGGGGAGAAGGCGGAAAGCGUGGGUGAGGAGAGGCGACUUAUUUGUACUCAACCCAGACGUAUUGCGGCAAUCAGCGUGGCGGAGCGAGUGGCCCAAGAGAUGAAUACGCGCUGUGGGAGUAUUGUUGGGUACAAGGUACGUUUUGAUGAUAGAUCGGGGCCUUUGACGCGACUUCUCUUUGUGACGGAUGGCAUGAUGCUGAAGGAACUCGUUGGAGACCCGGAGCUCCUCACUGUCAGUGCCAUCAUGGUGGACGAAGCCCAUGAACGUUCACUUAAUACGGAUAUUCUGCUUGGUUUACUGAAGGACAUAUCCCGCAGGAACAAGCAGUUGAAGGUGAUUGUUGCCAGUGCCACGAUCAAUGCCGACAAGUUUAGCAGCUUCUUUGAUGGAGCUCCCAUCUUUACUGUAAAGGGACGCACAUUCCCUGUCGAUGUGUCGUACCUUACAGAGCCGAUGGCCGACUACGUGAAGGCUAGCGCCGAGUCUGUGCUCUUGUUGCAUGCCACCAAGCCCUUACCAGGGGACAUCCUCGUCUUUCUUCCCGGGCAAGACGACAUUGAAAGCUGCGCCGCCGCGAUUCGUGAAGGUAUUACCAACUCUGGCGGCCAACUGCGGCCGCUGAUGGUCCUACCAAUCUACUCCUCUCUUCCGCCACGAGAGCAGAGGCGCAUUUACGAGGUUCCUCCACCAAACACACGGAAGGUUGUGGUUGCCACAAACAUUGCUGAGACAUCCAUCACCAUCGAUGGUGUGGUGUACGUCGUUGAUUGCGGUCUUUGCAAGCAAAACUACUACAAUUAUAAGGCCAUGGUGGAGGAGUUGCGUGUGCUGCCAAUAUCGCAGGCUAGUGCCAUGCAGCGAACAGGUCGAGCAGGACGAACGCAAAAAGGGGAGUGCUACCGUUUGUACACAGCCUACACAUUUCGUAAUGAGCUUCCACAAGAAACAGCUCCAGAAAUUUUGCGAAGUUGUAUGAGUUCUGUUGUUUUACAACUAAAGGCGCUUGGAAUUGAUAAUUUGUUACAGUUUGAGUUCAUUGAUGCCCCCUCUACCGCCUCCUUGGAACGGGCGUUAGAUCACCUUUACCUGCUUGGUGGGAUGAAGCCAGAUGGUCGGUUAACGCUUAGCGGACGCCGCAUGGCGGAAUUUCCACUGGACCCCUCGUUGAGCAAGUGUAUUCUUCGUGCAAACUCCUUGGGGUGUCUUCGUCACGUGUGCAUUGCUGUGGCGAUGCUCACGCUUGACUCCGUUUUUGUGGCAAGCCGAGAUGCAAAGGAACGGGCCUCCAUGGCGAGUGCGAGAGAUGUGCUCUUUUCAGCGGGCAACGGUGAUGUCAUGGGGUAUGUGCGGUUAAUGGAAGAGUGGAUGCGUGCCGGCCCUUCGAUGCAGGAGUUCUGUCAAUCCAAUUCAAUAAACGUGAAAAGCCUUCUUCAGGCCCGCGAUGUGCUGGAUCAGAUACUGAAGACAUGUGAACGCAUUGGCUUUGAUUUGCCUCGUGGGGAGGAGGACACCCCACUCUCUAUGGAACCCUUCACAAAGGCAUUAUUGUCGGGUUUUUUCAUGAAUGUUGCGAAGCUGAAUGUUGACCGCAGGACCUACAUGAUUGUACGCCCGAUAGACGCCUCUAGUAGUCGCACUGGCUCCAACCUUACAACUCUCAGCGCAGUGAACGCUGAGGAAACGGUAAUGGCUGAACUGCAUCCGUCGAGUUACCUCUUCCGGGCGGGACUCGCCCAGCAGGAGGAGGCGAAGAACAGCAACGCUGGCGUGGCCCCAACGGCUGUGAUUCUAAGGGAGAGACCGCAGCUUGUAGUUUUACGCAGCUGCGGUAUACGAGUAAACGGUACAUGA